AUGCGUACGUUCCAUUUCUUCAUCGCUCUUCUCUUCUUCGUCUUCAGCCUCAUCUCCACCACCACCAGCGUCGCUGCCACCGCUGUCGUCGUCGUCGCCGCCGCAUCACCCACAACACCAGCGACACAACAAAAACCUUCUCCGUCAGCUUCACGCGGCAAAGGCGGCGGCGGCCGCCGGCGUCGCAAUACAGCGAAGUUCUUCGGAUUCGUUCGCACAAGCCGCAGCGCGUAUCUCCACAACCAAACCGAAUUAGCGAAGGAGUUCCUGCACGCGCACAACUGGGUGAGAAAGGAAUACAAACUACCUGAAUUAGCAUGGAGCGAGAAUCUCGCGAGCUUCGCGAGGAAAUAUCUCACGGAAAGGUCCGAUGAUUGUAAACUGGUUCAUUCUUCUGGGAAUUACGGGGAGAAUUUGUUCUGGGGGAAGAAACUGCAUUGGACACCUUCUGAUGCGGUUUAUUACUGGUACAUGGAGAAAGAUUCGUUUGAUUUCAACACGCUCAAGUGCGAGCCACCACCGAAACUCUGCGAACAUUUUACGCAGAUGGUUUGGCGGGAUUCUGAGCAUGUUGGAUGCGCGUUGCAGCAUUGCAAGAAUGAAGGAACUGGAAUGCUCAUCGCGUGUGAGUAUGAUCCACCGGGUAAUUUUGUUAAUGAGAAUCCUCUUGUUCAUUCUACUUAA